CUUCCUUCCUCUAGCCACUCGUCCACUUCUCUCCCUCCUUCCCUUUCACCAGUCAACUGCAAUCGUUCGCUGGGUCGAACAUCCCACAUUCAUUUCAAAUGUUGUUCAAGAGAUACAUAGCUUUGGCGGUUAGCCUCUCGGCUUCCAGUCACCUCUUCGCAUCCGCCCACGUCGUUCGCCAAACCCCCGCGAGAGGGUGUGGCAACGAAAUUGAUGAAGCCACCAAGGCUAUCUUCGAAGAAGACUUCCAAUUCAACAGAGUCGCCUCUUCCCUGACCUCUUCUUCCGCCCGCAUCGCGCCUAUAGACGUCUUCUUCCAUGUCACAUCUAGCGACGAAACUGAAGAAGGUGGCAACGUGAGCGACGAAGCGAUCGAAGCGCAGAUUAGCGUUUUGAACACCGCUUUCGAGCCCACGGGACUACAGUUCAGGUUGACGGAGGUGACACGAAAUGUCAAUGCUACAUGGUUUGAGUCUGUAGCACCGAGGACGAGAGUUCAGAAGGAGAUGAAAGAGGCUUUAAGGAAGGGUGGCCCAGGAGACUUGAAUGUCUACACCGUUGGGUUCCAAAAGGGCGGAGGCGCUGGUUUGCUUGGAUAUGCUACGUUCCCCAGCGAAUUUCGAUCCGCGCCCGAGGACGACGGCGUGGUCGUCCUCUUCUCCUCUCUUCCUGGAGGAAGCGCGGAGCCUUUCAACCUCGGUCAGACUCUUACGCAUGAAGUAGGCCACUGGGUCGGAUUAUACCACACUUUCCAAGGCGGUUGCUCUGGCCUGGGAGACGAAGUUGCCGACACUCCCGCCGAAGCUUCACCUGCAAGUGGAUGUCCCACUGCCCGAGAUACCUGCCCUGGAGGCGGACCAGACCCCGUCCAGAACUACAUGGACUAUUCCGACGAUAGUUGCAUGGACACAUUCACCCCCGGUCAGAUCGAACGUCUCCUCGAUCAAGUCGCGACGUACAGGGGAAUUGGAGCCUCCGCUCCCGAAUCCCCGGAAGAAGUCCCGGAGGAACCUACCGAAGUAGAAAAUGUUGAGGAGCGAAACCUCAGACGCAUCGUGUUGCAGCCAGUCAGGGCACACGCUGGUCAUUUCCGGAACAGGUUGACUCGACCCUAA